UCCCGCCCGAUCGAAAUACAGUGCUCUGCUCUCAAAACCUUCCACAGGAAGCUAACCAAAAUCCCGCGGCCAUGGCGCCAAGGAAGAAAGCUGCACCUCGCUCUCAAAUCCCAAUUCUGGGGAAAGAGGGGCAUGUUAUUGAUGCUAAUCAACCAGAAUGCGACGGAAAAGGUAUCGGAGAAAAAUGUCCCUCUGAAGGCGAUUAUUCUUUUGUGCUCGUUAAUCCGAAUGAUUAUGAUAGUGACAGCAAGUUUUAUCUUCAGGAAGUAUUACAAUUAUACAAAAGGGAACUACCCACAAUGGUCUAUGCUGCAAAUACUGGAAAGCAAUCGACUUUUAUGGAGAAAUGCGUAUCUAAUGGGAAAUAUUGUACAUUGCUCUUGAGAUCCACAUCUGUGGCUGAUCCAAGAUUGAUCAGAGCUGCAAUUACCUACCAAAUAGUUCCUGCUGACACACAAUAUGCUGAGAUUCCUCUUGCUGCUGUCAGUUCAGGUCACCAACACAAGGGAUUUGGUCGUAUAUUAUACAUGGAACUUAGAAAAAGACUUCAAAGUGUUGGAAUCCGUACAAUAUUCUGUUGGGGAGACAAGGAAUCUGAAGGCUUUUGGUCCAAACAGGGUUUUUUGUCCAUAGCAGAAGUGGACACUAAGGGAAAAGCUCGUAGAAUACCUGUUAGAGCUGACAUUCGUAGAGCUUUAUGCUUUCCUGGUGGUUCUACCCUCAUGGUUUCACACAUUUACCAGGGAAUUGCAAUGAGUUCUGCAGACUUGCCAAAGUCACUUUCUGAUUCAUUAAGGCCUGAUGCCCGCGAAAGAACUGGUGUUGCCAAACAAAGAUGCAAGCCUUCAAAUGCAGUUGACAAGCAGACCAUUGAAAAGUUGAACUUCCAACCUGAAGAGUUUGUUACUUUUGCACCCCUGGGAGGAGAAAACAAAUUUCAUUAUCCUCAAAACCAGGACGCGGUGCAUGGCUGCAAUCGUCCAGCUUCUUUUAAUGAAAUAGAGAACCGCAGGACAGCCAGUAGGGUAGAAAUAUCCAAUACUACUGGUCAUUUAGAUGAGAGACAUUGUUCUUGUUCUACACAAAGUGCAAAGAGAGUUUGGGAAGCAUCACUUUCUUCACUGAAAUCUAAGAAAGUAAAAGGAGUUCAUCUGCACCAUUUCAAUUCAGAUUCUAGCCAGAACUUUAUUCCAAAGGGUAACGGAUGUGAUACCUGCUCUCAAGAAUACUCAUUAGGCAAUUCAAAGCAUGAGAUAUUGGCUAGUGGUUCUCCUAAAAAUCCUUCAACCAGUAAUUCUACACAGAACUUUUGUGAAGAAUUUGGAAAUGUUAACAUGGCAUCAAAAGCCCACCAGUGCGAAGAGCUUCCCACAUUAGGAAAAUCAUUUAAAAUUAUGUUGAUGAAUAUUGCUGAUGAAGCAAAGAAAACUCAGCUCAUGAAGGUAAUUGAGGAGCUCGGUGGUUCUCUCACCUCUGAUGGGAGUACAAGCACCCAUGUCAUUACAGGAAAAGUGCGGAAAACUCUAAAUUUCUGCACAGCUCUCUGUUCAGGAGCUUGGAUUGUCUCCCCCAGUUGGUUAAAAGAAAGCUAUCGGGAAGGCAGAUUUGUUGAUGAGUUGCCUUACGUACUAGAUGAUAGUGACUACUCGUUGAAGUAUAGAGGCAGCUUAAAAACUGCAGUUCUCAGAGCGAAAGCACGUCCUGGAGCUUUAUUCGAGGGAUAUGAUGUUUGCAUAUCAGCUCACGCUGAACCACCACCUAAGGCUCUCUCUGUGAUAGUCAAGUCAGCCGGUGGAAAUGUUAUUCAUGGGCUAGAUAAGGUAAAUGAAGUAUCAAAAACGAUCUUUUUGGCGUGCGAGGAAGACGUGGAGGAAGCAUUACUGGCUGCGAAAAAAGGGAUAUGGACUUUUAACAGUGACUGGCUGAUGACCUGUGUGAUGAGACAAGAACUAGACCUGGAAGCCCCUCAGUUUGCUGAGUCCCUAUAACAAAAAAGGUUAGCUUUCAGUUUUGGACUCCAUAAAGCCAUUUGUAAAUCUCUCUUUCUCACUUGUUGAAUUUGGUACAUAAACAAAUUUUGUUUGUUCCUUCUUUAUAUAUGUAUUCGUUAGUAAACAAACUCAAUAAUUUUAUUGGAAGAAGAUUUCUGAAGUUU